AUGUGCGGUGAAAUCGCUGGAACUUUUUUUUUCUUCAAGAUUUUUCAGUAUGUUCUCGUAUGGUUAGCACCAACUACCCAAUUUGAUACUUCCACGGCUCUUCUCAUCCAUCAAUUGAGUAGUUCGUUAGACGGUCAAUCGUGGGUCAAAAAACGACUAUGGGAUAAACUUCUCUCAUGGGAUGCUGUAUACUUCAUAAAAAACAUGGUAAACGGAGAGUAUGAGUUUGAACAUGAAUAUGCAUUUUCUUCAGUGUGGCCUAAAUUUGUUAGACUUUGUUGUCGCGGAAAUUUUGAGUUCUACCAUAUCCUUAAGACAGCGGUAUUCCUGGAAAAUUUACUGCAUUUCAUCUCAGUGAUACUCCUCUACAUACUGACUUUAAAGACAUUCGAGAAGAAUAUUUUGAAAACUCACCAAAGGUACGAAUUGGCUCGCAAGUCCGCUGUUCUCUUCAUUUUAACAGGAGCAGCAGGGUUUUUUACUGGUAUUUAUUCCGAGCCUUUAUCCAGUGUGUUAAGUUUUGCCGGGAUAUUAGCCCGUGAAUACAGUAUUUUCCACGACGUCUAUGGGAACGUGAUUUGUAAAUGGCAGAGGUGGCCACUAUAUUCUUUGGUUUCGACCAUUUGUUUCAUGGUGGCCUUUGCCAAUAGAUCAAACUGUAUUUUACUCGGCAUAUUUUAUAUCAUGGACCUAUUAUCCCUUCUAAGAAGACGGAAAAUUGCUCAAGCUACCUUUUUCCCACUUCUAAGUGGGAUCGCAUUACUACUUUUCGUUAUUUUCCAACAUUAUUAUGUUCCCUACAAAGCUUUUUGUCCUCAACGCGGAGGAUGGUGUAAAGACAAAAUUAGAAUGCUCCCCUUCACAUACAAAUCAUUCUAUUCCUAUAUCCAGAGCUCAUAUUGGAAUGUGGGGUUUUUGAAGUACUGGACGAUAAACAAUGUUCCCAACUUCAUUUUUGCAAUACCAAAUAUCGUAAUCAUGUGGUACUCUUCCGUCUACUUCUCUCAUCAGUACCCGUGCUCAAACCUUAAGCCGCUCAUUCUGAUAACUCGUAUUUUUCUCGUUGUGAUCGUAUUUUUUGCUCACAUUCAAAUAAUUAAUAGGGUUUCAUCAUUUAUCCCCCUUCAUUUAUGGUAUCUUGCCGAUCGCCUAAUUAAGAAGUCAACAAAAAAGACCAAACCUCUGAGAGGAGAUGAUACGCUAGUGAAACUAUACAUUUAUUGGCUCAUUUACUGGAUACCGGUGCAGACAAUCCUUUUUGCUUGCUUCCUUCCUCCUGCAUAA